AGUAAAUGAGGAUAAGUUCUCUAUUUGAAGGGAGUCAAUGGGUGACUUCCACAUCAGACUGCAGUUGCAAAAUGUUUGCAACAAGAAAAUCUGGGAUCUUCUAGUGGUGUAUGGAGUAGCUCAAACUGAACAUAAAGCUGCCUUUCUUGCUGAGCUGUCUAAGGAAUUCCAAGCCUCUAGGAGACCCAUAGUGAUAGGUGGUGAUUUUAAUAUCCUGAGGAAAGAGAGUGAGAAAAAUAAAGCUGGAGGUUAUAACAAAUGGAGUUUCCUUUUUAAUGCAAUUCUUGAACAAAACAGCAUGAGAGACAUCCAAAUGGGAGUGAGACAAUUCACUUGGUGUAACAAUCAGGAAAAUCCUACCUUAGAGAAGUUGGACAGAGUUUUCAUAAACAAUGAGUGGGAAGCUGAUUACCCCCUUACUUCUGUUCACUCUUUGGUUAGGGCACUUUCUGACCAUAACCCCAUACUAUUAGAUACUGGAAAUCCUGACAAAAGAGGAGACAUUUUCAGAUUUGAACUUAGUUGGUUUUUGAGGGAGGACUUAGAUAGCAUUGUGCAGGAAGUCUGGAAUGAUUCUUACUCAGGCAGCACUAUUGAAAGGUGGCAGAAGAGAUUUGGCUGUCUGAGGAGAAAGCUGAAAGGCUGGAACAAAAACUGGGAGGGUGAAUACAAGAGAAGGAAAUAUGAAAUUUUGAGUAAGAUUGAUGUUAUAGACUCUAAAAUUGAAACCUGUGGCAUGAAUUGGAGGGAUAGAGAGGAAAGAAGAGAGUUGGAGCUUAAUCUGAAAUUCACUAUUAGGGAAGAAAAAACAAAGUGGUUUCAGAGGAGCAAAGAGAAAGAAACUUUGGAAGGGGAUUGCAACACCAAAUACUACCAUGCAAAAGCAAAUGGUAGGAAGAGGAAGAGUAGAAGUUUUUCUUUAUCUCAGGAUGAAGGCCUUUGAAGGUCAAGCUGAGCUGUUGAGAUACAUCACUGCUUUCUACAAGGAUCUUUUUGGUCAUUCAAAACUGAACAACAUAAAAUUAGAUAUGGGAGGUGCUACCAAGAUAACAGAGGAAGAUGCAGCUUUGCUGAUUAAACCUUUUUCUCUGGAGGAAGUGAAAAAAGUGGUUUUUUAUUUGAAACAAAACAAAGCCCCUGGUCCUGAUGGGUUCCCUGGGGACUUUUACAGGAAGUUUUGGGACUUGAUUAAAACAGAUUUUCUUGAACUUCUUAAUGAUUUUCAUAAGGGUGUUUUGGACAUUGAGAGGCUUAAUUUUGGUAUCAUCACUUUGGUCCCAAAAUCAAAAGAUGCAGCACAAAUCCAAAAGUUCAGACCUAUAUGUCUUCUGAAUGUAAGCUUUAAGAUCAUAACAUAAGUGCUGAUGAAUAGGCUGGACAACGUUAUAAAUUAUAUAAUCGCAAGAAACCAGACUGCAUUUCUCAAAAACAGAUUUAUUAUGGAGGGGAUAGUAAUACUUCAUGAAGUAUGGAAUACUUCUCACAAAAAGAAACAAAGUGGGAUUCUUUUCAAAGUGGAUUUUGAAAAAGCUUAUGAUAAGGUUGAUUGGACCUUUGUGUAUAGAAUGCUAAUUGCAAAAGGUUUCCCCACAUUAUGGUGUGAUUGGAUUAUGAAAGUGGUGAGAGGGGGCAAAGUUGCAGUGAGAGUUAAUGAUGAGUUGGGUCCUUAUUUUAACACACAUGAGGGGCUUAGACAAGGGGACCCACUUUCUCCUCUGCUUUUCAACCUGGCAGCAGAAGCUUUGACUGUUUUGAUACAAAGAGCUGAAGAUAAUAAGUUGAUUGAAGGUCUGAAUGUGAGCAAUAACAACAAAGUGACUAUCCUUCAAUAUGCAGAUGACACCAUCUUUCUGCUGUCAGAUGACUUAGAACAAGCCAAACAUCUGAAAUUCAUUCUCUGCUUGUUUGAACAACUAUCUGGACUCAAAAUAAAUUUCAACAAGAGUGAGGUGUUUUGUCUAGGUGAGGCAAGAGAGAAACAGGGCCUCUACAGUCAAAUUUUCACUUGUAAAAUAGGUGCUUUGCCUAUGAGAUAUUUGGGGGUUCCUAUUGAUAAAAAAAGAUUGCAUAAUAGUGAUUGGAAGGCUGCUGAAAACAAGAUGGAACAUAAACUGAGAUGUUGGCAAGGUAGAUUACAAUCAAUUGGAGGGAGACUGAUUCUCAUCAACUCAAGUCUCAGUAUUGUCCCUUUGUACAUGAUCUCUUUUUAUAGAUUAUUACCAUAGGGUGUUAAGGAAAAAAUGGAUUUCUUUCGAAGAAGACUUUUGUGGUAGGAAGAACAGGGGAAAAAAGAUAUCACUUGGUUCAGUGGCCCAUACUUUGUUCUCCAAAAGAUCAUGGAGGUUUAGGCAUUCUAGAUUUAGAUACAAUGAACAUUGCUCUUCUUUGCAAAUGGAUAUGGAAAAUUGAAAAUGAAUCAGGUUGGUGGCAAGAUAUACUAAGAGAUAAGUAUCUCAAAAACAAAAAUCUUGCUGGUAUCUCUGUCAAAGCUGGUGAUUCACACUUCUGGCAAGGGCUCAUGGAAGUUAAAAACAUCUUCUACAAGUUCUGUUCGAAGAAAGUUGGUGAUGGGGAAAAUACAUGCUUUUGGGAAGACAAUUGGAUUGGUGGUAGACCAUUAAACAUUCAAUUCCCUUCUCUGUAUGACAUAACUUUUACAAAAAGUUGGAAGCAAAUCGAAGAAGAUUGGUACUGGGAGCCAGACUCAUAAAGCAGGUGGCAAGUGAGGUCUUUAGUUCAAGACACAGCUGGAGACCAGGUGCCAGAAGACUGAAGAUGUGAAGAAGGAGGAGUUGUUGAUGUCCCUGCUUCAAAGACUAAAGUUGAUCUAGCAGUACCUUUCUACCGUAGUGAUUUGUUUAUCAAUCUGUCAGCAGUUCUUCUGUUUCUUUUAAAAACUGUUACUUCCGGUAGGAGGUGGUUUCCCUAGGCUAUUCUGAAUAGCUUCUGUCUCAAUCUAGUUCCAUCCUUUUUUUUCUUUUGCUGUAAUGGCUUCCUGUAGAGACCUUUUAUCAUUUCUCUUAAUGGAAAUGGGGGCUUCAAGCCCUAGUUCUAAAAA